AAGAGUGCAGCAGCAGCAGCAGCAGUAGUAGAGUUUCUUCCAAAUGGAAGAUCCAUACACUAGCUUCUUCAAGAACCCUUACUACUACUACUGCACGUCGGCUUCUUUCCCCGGCCAACCUGCCGCCGCUGCGGCGGCUCACCUCCCUCCGCCGCUGCCGUCUUACUCCGCUCUGUAUCCUGCCGGCGGCGGCGGCGGCGCGCACCAUCAUCAGUCGUACUCGUACCCGGCUGCCUUCUUCCAGCCGACGAUGCCGGUGCAGCAUCAGCAGCAGGUUGACAGCACGCCGCCGUCGCCGCCGCUGCGGGAAGCGCUGCCCCUGCUGUCGCUGUCGCCCACUCGUGGGGCGGCCUCCCGCCGCGCGCGCCGCGGCGGCGUCGUGGAUGCAGCGGCGGACUCGGACUCCGACGACGACGACGGCGACGGCGGCUGCUGCUACCUGCAGGAGGGGGCCGGGUCGACGGCCACCCCGGCCGCGCGUGUGCCGCUCUUCGCCGACCUCAACUGCAUGCCCUCCUGCUGCGGCGACGACGACGACGGCGGCGGCGACCCGAUGGACGUCGAGGCUGGGACAUCGGCGGACGUCGACGCCGCGGUCGCCCUGCGCAUCGGCCUGCCGGCCGGCGGCGGCACGGAGGCCGAUCUCCUCUCCGGGCUCUCCGGCAGGGCCGGCGCCGGCGUCGAGCAUGAAGACGACGAGGAGGACUGCAAGGUUGACGGCGGCGGCAGCGGCGGCGACGACGAGAUCGUGCCGCUAGGGUUCCCGUCGACGCCGAUCGGGAAGCUGAACAAGGGCCAGUAUUGGAUCCCCACGCCGUCGCAGAUCCUCAUCGGCCCAACCCAGUUCUCCUGCCCUGUCUGCUUCAAAACCUUCAACAGAUACAACAACAUGCAGAUGCAUAUGUGGGGGCACGGGUCGCAGUACAGGAAGGGGCCGGAGUCGCUGCGCGGGGUGCAGCCGACGGCGAUGCUCCGGCUGCCGUGCUACUGCUGCGCGGCGGGGUGCCGGAACAACAUCGACCACCCGCGGGCGCGGCCGCUCAAGGACUUCCGGACGCUGCAGACGCACUACAAGCGGAAGCACGGGCUGAAGCCGUUCCUGUGCCGCAAGUGCGGCAAGGCCUUCGCCGUCAAGGGCGACUGGCGCACCCACGAGAAGAACUGCGGCAAGCUCUGGUACUGCCUCUGCGGCUCCGAGUUCAAGCACAAGCGCUCCCUCAAGGACCACGCCCGCGCCUUCGGCCACGGCCACGCCGCCGGCUUCUCCUUCGACGACGACGACGACGGCGCCGUCUCCGACAUCGACCACGACUCCUACUCUGCCGCCGCCGCCAGGGCUUCCGCCUCCUCCUCCCUGCCGCGCUCAUCCGGCCAUUGCUAG